CAUCCGGGCGUUUCUCCGCCUGAUUUCGAUCCUAUAUAAGAAACCGCUUGGCCGCCUCUCUCGUGCCUCUCCUCUACGACUAAACCCUAAAAAUUCCUCUCUCUACUUUCUCUCUCUACAAUCUCUUGCCAUCGGCGGUCGGCCAAGUCCCCUGCUAUACAGACGCCGUUUUGUUAUUGGAAAGUCAACUUGUGGCGCAUCAUUCUUUUGUAUUUGCUGCACCAGAAACAUUUUUUCAGGCAGUGGUAUUCUUUUUUAGCCUGAAACUUGCGAUUUGUGCGCCUGAAGAUCUUCCCUUUGAAGUGCGCCAGCACUUAAUAUUCUUUUAUGUCCGAACAGGCAAUUCUCUAUUUGGGAUCGAUUGGGUUGCUUGGAGAGUACAUUCCUACGUCAAGGAAAAAGUGCGGAAACUUGUCAAAAAGAAUUGACUGUAUGCAUCUCGGAUCAUUACAGGGAUACCCAGAGUUUUGUGGUUGCAGUUGGGUGCAACCUUUUACUGCAGAAGAGGAUCUUCCUUUUUCUACUCACAAAGCUUCUAAAGAUAUCAAUAUAUUCAAAUCCAGCAUUUCCUUGCUGUGACAUUUUCCUGAGAGAUCUUUUUGUGCUGAGACAAACAUGGCUCUACAAAACAUAGGUGCCAGCAAUAAAGAUGAUGCCUUCUACAGGUAUAAGAUGCCAAAAAUGAUUACAAAGAUUGAAGGCAGAGGAAAUGGCAUUAAGACAAAUAUUGUCAACAUGGUUGAUAUUGCCAAAGCUUUGGCAAGGCCAGCUUCGUACACUACAAAAUAUUUUGGCAAUGAGCUUGGUGCACAAUCUAAAUUUGAUGAGAAAAGUGGGGUUUCUCUUGUUAAUGGUGCCCAUGACACUGCUAAACUUGCUGGUCUUCUUGAGAGCUUCAUUAAGAAAUAUGUUCAGUGUUAUGGUUGUGGAAACCCUGAAACAGAAAUCCUCAUUACUAAGAAUCAGAUGAUUCAACUGAAAUGUGCAGCUUGUGGUUUUGUUUCAGAUGUUGAUAUGAGGGACAAGCUCACAACUUUUAUUUUGAAGAACCCGCCCGAGCCAAAGAAGGGGUCCAAGGACAAGAAGGCAAUGAGGAGGGCUGAGAAAGAAAGGCUGAAGGAAGGUGAGGCAGCUGAUGAAGAGCAGAAGAAGCUGAAGAAAGAGGUUAAGAAGAAGGGGUCCUCCACCAAGGAUGGGCAUGCAAAAGCUGGACCUGUCAAAAAGAGAAGUGGUUCUGAUGAGGAUCGCAGUUCACCAGCUAUAAACCAGGGGGAUGUGAAGGAAGAUGCUGACAAUGACGAAGAUGAUGUUCAGUGGCAGACUGACACUUCACUGGAGGCAGCCCGCCAACGCAUCCAGGAGCAACUGAGCUCUGUGACAGCAGAUAUGGUUAUGCUAUCCACUGAUGAGCUGGAGAAGAAAACAAAGGAAGCCAAUAAAGCAAGUGACGGUCCAACAAAAGUUUCCCUGUCAUCUGAGGAGAAUUCCAAUGCUGGGGUUGGGAAUGGUAACAUGAACCAUAAAAAGCUUGUGGAAGAGGUGAAAGAAAAACUGAAGGGAGGGGCUGUUGCAAAUCAGAUCCACUCAAUGCUGGGAUCACUUAAUGGGUCUGCUCAGGAGAUAAUGAGUGCAUUCUUUGAGGCACUGUUCGAUGGUCUUGAGAAGGGCUUUGCAAAGGAGGUUGCUAAGAAGAAAGGGUAUCUGGCUGCUGCUGCUGCUCAGGAUGAGGGAUCGCAAUUGCUUCUUCUUCGAGCAAUUGAGGCUUUCUGUCUGAAGGCUAGCCCAGCUGCGAUGAAGGAAGUGGCUCUUAUUUUGAAGGCACUCUAUGAUGGUGAUGUGUUGGAGGAGGAAUACAUUGUUGCGUGGUAUCAGGACGGGCUGGCCGGUGGCAACAAGGAUUCUCAACUUUGGAAGAACGCCAAUCCUUUCAUUGAAUGGCUUCAAAGUGCCGAGUCAGAAUCCGAGGAAGAAUGAUGUCUCUCUUCCCCUUACUCUCUGGUUGGUUGCGAGUAUGUCUGGUGAGUUUUUUUGGUGGUUCUGAGUGCAUGGUAUACCUACCCGUAAGAGUUUUCUGUUGGUGCAUUGUGUUUUUUCUUUUUCUGUUUUGCUGGGAGCAUUCUGCUUUUAUUAUAAGCCCAGAACAUGGCUUUUAUGGUUUGUACUAUUUUGUUGACCUUUUUGUUGUGAUCUCUGGUUGCUAUUAUGGUUUUGCUAUUUGCCAUAGGGAUUGCGAUAUUUGAGUA